AUGCCUCAAACCUUUACCUCGAUUGUCAAGAUUGGCGACUUCAUCUUGAAGACUCCUGCUUUGGCCAAAGUAGUUGUUCCAGUUGCUCAACAGUUCAUCAACUUCUCUGGGUACAGAAAGUUGGGUCUCAGAUUUGACGACUUGAUUGAAGAGGAGAAUAACGUAGCCCAGAAGGCUUUGGGAAGAAUUGCAGCCGAUGAGUCUUACGCUAGAAACUUCAGAAUGCUCAGAGCCCAUCAACAAUCUUUGACCCACCACUUGUUGCCUAAAGCCCAGUGGGUUAAGCCAGAAGAAGACACUCCAUACAUGUUGCCUUAUUUGUUGGAGGCCGAAGCUGAGGUCAAAGAGAAACAAGAUUUGGACAAUUUGGAAUUGGUCAAAUAA